AUGAGAAUACAAAAAUUAUUUUUUCUUAUUGUUGCUGGUGUUCCAUUAUUAUAUUUUUAUUAUACUUUUUUUAAUUAUUUUUAUAAUAAAAGAUUUGAAAAGAUUGAAAUUUUUAAAAGAAAAAGUUAUGAUAAUUAUAAGGAUUAUAAUAAAAUUGUUGAAGAUAAUAAAAAUUUAAGAAAAAAUAAAUUAUUUGGAAAACAUGAAUAUUUUUCUAAUGAAAAGUUACAUAGUGAAUCAGAAGAAAAUAGACAAACUAGUAAUGAAAAUUUUGAAGAAUUAAAUAAAUAUGAUGAAAGUGACAAAACUGAAAAUUAUUCUGAUAAUGAAAAAAAUUAUGCAUUAAAAAAACCAUCGUUUGAAAAAGAAAAAAGUCAAGAAAAAAAUUUAGAUUCUAAUGAAAUUGAAGAUAUAAAAAAGUAUAAUAAAAAUUACAAAGAUUAUUUAAAAGAAAAGGAAUCUAGUGAGAAUUAUGAUAUGCUAAAACAUUUAUAUAAAGAUGGUGAAUAUAAAAAACACAAAAAAUAUGAUCAAAAUGAGUAUAAAUAUGGUGGAAGUAAAGAAGAUGAAUAUUUUAUGAAUCACGAAACAGAUGAAGAAGAAAAUCAAUCAAAAUACUUGAGAAAAGAAAAGAAAUACAAAAAAAAACAUAGAAAUGUUUUUAAUUUUGGAGACGAUAAGGAUACGGAUAAAAUAAUACGUCUUAAUAAGAAAAAUAAAAAGGAAAAAAAGUGGAAUGAAUAA